CGAUCCGCCAUUGUUGUUGUGUGGAAGUGUUUGGUUUUCUUAAUUUUUUUGCAAUUUCCCCAUUUAAAAAUAUGGAGGAACGCAAAAGAACCCUAGGAAAUAUGAAAAUCUGUAGAUUCUGCUUUAGCGAGGACGAAAAAGAGCUUACCAGCAUCUACAAUAAGGAAGCCAAAAGUGUCCCUCUACCCAUACAGAUUAUGAGCUGUAUUUCAAUCGAGGUAUUUGCUGGUGACGGUUUGCCGUCGCUCAUUUGCAACAGAUGCAAAACUCAAACAAACCAAUCGUAUAUUUUCAAAAGUAAUUGCAGGAAAGCCGAUGACGCUUUCAAGAAUUAUUUAGAAACGGGCCACCUCAUCAAGCCUGAAGCUCAUAAAACCCCAUCACAACCUCAAAGAAAAAUUUCUACUAAGGUUUCACCACUCAGAGAAGUUAAAAACGUUGCAAAAAGAACAUUGUCAGGGGAUACUGAAACUGUUAAAAGGCAAAAGUUGGAGGAUGGCACUGAAAUAAUUACUUUGUGCAUAACAGACUCUGUUGACGAUCAGAAUCAGGAUGAAGCCAGUCGAGAUACAGAACAAGAAGAAGAAUUGCAUUUAUCUGAAGAAGAUGAUUCGUUUCAAGAGUCCUCAAGCUAUGUACCACCACCUAAGGCUGUGGAAGUUGAAACUGGUGUAUUUUUAUGCAACAUUUGCGGCAAAGCUUUCCCAUUGAAACAACUUUUGGAUAUCCAUGAAACUACUGAUCACAGAGCAAGGCCUUUUGCUUGCGAAAAAUGUGGAAUGUCAUUUUUUAGUAAAGACGAUUUGACGAAGCACGAACAAACUCACAGCACCAUGAAACCGUACUGCUGCAGCGUUUGCUUGAAAGAUUUCAAUAGAUUGAGUUUGCUUAGAAGACACGAGAAAGUACACACCGAUUCACCCAGUUAUACGUGCUUUGAAUGCAACAGGUCGUUUUUAGGAAAAGAUGAUUUGGAAACUCAUAUGAAAAAACAUUCUUCUUCUAAGCCUUUCGCUUGUGAGGAGUGUGGCAGGACUUUUGUCUUUAAACAGGGAUUAGACAGACACAUGGACUCGAGCCAUUCAUCGGGCCUGCCAUAUAAAUGUAGCUAUUGUGAAGCAGGCUUUAGCACAUCGGUUCGCCUGAAAAAACAUGUUACUGAACAUGCUGGACUUAGACCGUACCGUUGUAAGAUUUGUCAUAGAUCAUUCUUGUUAAGCCACCAUUUAACAAGACAUUUGCGCUCUCACUAUGAUAAAGAACCCGGCGUUAGUGUAGGUCAGUACAAAUGCGAUAUAUGCAGUAUGUCAUUCAAAAAAAAAGACAGUUUGAUAAAUCACAGCGCUAUACAUAGCAUGGUUAAUUUGAAAUGUGUUAUCUGUAACACUAAAUUUGAGAGUGCUAAAAUGGUUAAAGACCACAUCACCACUCACUUGCUAGAGUUGCCUUACCCUUGCGAAAAAUGCGACUACAGUUUUGAUACACAUAAGCAACUUGUUGAACAUGAAGUUAAGCAUGCCGAAAUUGAAUAUGAGGAACAAAUUGAAAAAGAAGUAAGUACCGAAUUUAGAACCAGACAGGAUGAACCUAAGAUAGUCGAUUAUGAUGAACAAGAGGAUGAGACCGAGGAGGGAAUUCAAAAUUAUCACAAUGAUGGUAAAGAGGUUAGCCAUUUCCAUAUAUCCAAUAUUGACGAUCAAGAAGCAGAUUUAGAAGUGAUGCCAAAAUUAACCUCUACCAAAAAAACUCCCAAACGGCUAGCAACCCAACAGAAAAAAGAAGUGAAACAGGAGGUAGAGGAUGGAUUAAACCAGUUUUUCAGCAUUGAUAAUGAUGAAGGAAACGAAGUUGAUCCUAUGGAAGUGGCAGAACAAGAAAGUGAAGACAACGAUAUCAAGCCAAUUUAUAGGAUGGAAGGUAUCAAGAUGUAUGAAAGAAAAGGUCCGGCCAGACGCAAACUUCAUGAAAUGGAAAAUAUGGAAACUAUUGAACAUACUAUUGAGUUGGAAGAUAUUGACGAACCGCCGCCUAUUGAUGAACCUCUUUCUAUUGAUGCCGUACCAAUGAUCCCUACAGAAAAUUUGAAUAGUUCAUCACCAAAGGAUCCUGUAAACUAUAAAGUUGGAGAUAAAGUAGUAAAAGUGCAGAAAUUUAUUAUUAGUAAAGAUGAAAUGAAAGAAAUGGCCAAAAUGGGUAUUUUGGAAGUUAGGAAGGGUCAAGUGAUCAUGAAACACCCGGGCCAGCCAAUACUGAACGCGAAAAUUAAACAGGUACAGCAGAGCGACAUCGAAAGUUUAUUACAAGGACAAAAAGGUCUGAUGAAGUCGCCUGUCAGGCAGUAUCGUAGGGCUUCAUCCAGUGCUUCUACAGAUCAUUUUGCUGAAAUGGAGGAUUAAAAAUAAAAACAUAGAAUGUUAUUUUAAGUGACUAGAUCUAGUAGAUGGUAAUUUUAAAAGCUUUCGGCUGUAUUAGAAUCUUUUGUUAAGUCCUUGUUAGUUAACAGAAAUAUUGUUUUUGUAUGACACAAUCUAAGGUUUUUGUUAACUGACAAGGACUUUUUCAACGAUUGAUCUAGCCGCACUUAGCUAUCAAGGAAUCUGUAUUUUGUUUUAUAGUUAUUUAUAGAACAAGGGCCAGAAGGGGUACAUCCUGGGGUGGUUGGGAAGCUUUGCAAGUGUUAUGUAUAUAUUUUUUUCUCAUGGCCAGCUUUAUUUUAAAAAUAAGGAAAUUGCCUCUAUUCAUAUUCUGUAAAUUUUACGUUGUGACAACCAAAUUGGUACCAACAAAUUCUUUUUUGGAAAAUUGCUAUUGGCACCUGAGGUUAUAUUUUUUUUUUUUAAAUAAAGUACAUAUUGAUUA